ACUUUAAAGCAAGUAGGUUGCAGCUUUAGACAUAGAGAACAAUCCAGAGAAGAAGAGGAAGACUUGCCAAAACAAAAGAAGAGUUGAUCCGAAGGUUUGAGGAUAAAGGCGAGAAUAGAGGGGGAGGCACUUGGGGGAGGCAAGAGGUAGCCAGGCUGAGCUGAUUUCCCCCCCUGAGGAGGAGUUGCAGUUGCCGGCCAGGGCAGGUCCCAGGGCUGGCAGGGCUGGCCCUACUGCUUCUCCACCUCCAUUCCUUCCUCCUCUUACUCCUCUUUCUCCUCCCUUUAACCAUCAACCACACUGCUGUGCAGUGAUGAACUCUCAGGCUGAGCCUGUGAGGAACACAGGAAUGCUUAGAGAAUCCUGCCAAAUGAACUUUUCUUCCUCAGCUGAGGGAAACUCCAGAGGUUGAGCCUCCAUAGCAGUAGAGACUGUCACCCUUCUGUCUUCUCUUUCUUUUUUGGUGCACUCACUGGUUGAGUGCACUGAGAGACUGAAGGGAUUUUUUAUACACUUUUUUCUCUCUAUUUUUGCUUUUGUUAACCGCAACAGUGGCGACCUUUUCAGUAGCACGGUGCAAGGACCAGCUCCACUCACCCAAGAUGAGCCGCUGGCUGAAAUGCACCUCCAUGCACUUUAACACAGACUGGAACAAGUAUGAUGACCGGCUGAUGAAGGCUGUGGAGCGCAGAGAGGUGGACAAGGUGGCUGCUGUUCUCAGCAAGAAGGGCAUCAUCCCAACCAAGCUCGACGUGGAAGGACGCUCAGCGUUUCAUUUGGCUGCAACGCGAGGACACCUGGAGUGUCUGAAUCUCAUCCUGGGACACAGCGUGGAUGUCACUGCGACUGAUGCCACGGGUAAAAAUGCUCUCCACCUGUCCUCAAGACAUGGACAUUCUCUGUGUGUGCAGAAACUCUUGCAGCAUAACAGUCCAGUUGGAAAUGUGGACCUACAAGGAAGAACAGCUCUACAUGAUGCUGUCAUGGCUGGCUGCUCCUCCAGUGUGAAACUUCUCUGUGACAGCGGCGCUUCUGUGAAUGCCACUGAUUUUGAUGGCAGGACACCUCUAGUGCUGGCAACCCAGAUGUGUCAUCCACGUAUCUGUCAGCUGCUGCUGGAGCGAGGGGCCGACUUCACCACCCGCGACAAACAGAACAAGACUGCGCUGAUUCUGGGCUGCGAGUACAGCUGUAAGGAUGCGGUGGAGGUGUUGCUGAAGAGCGGCUCUGACGUGAAGGCAGUAGACAGCUUAGGUCACGAUGCUUUCCACUACGCUCGUCUCAGCAAGAACAUGGAGCUUGUUGCAAUGGUCAAAAGUUACCUGGACAAAGCCACCAGAGAUAAGGAGGCUGCAAAGAUGGAACAGUGGAAGCGACAGCAUUCAGUGGAGAAGUCAGAGGCAGCUGAGGUUAACCGAAGGGAUCAGGUCAUACAUGACUUGGAGAGGCAGAACGAGAGCCUGCAGGAGAGUCUCAGGAAAUACCAACAGGAUCAGAGAGCCCUGCUGGAUAACGUCAACAUGCUGCAGCAACAGCUAACACAGGAAAAGAUCACUGUAGGAGACACUCAGAAAGAGAAGGAGCAGUUGAAGGUGUUACUUGGUACCAAAGAAAGAGAGGAAGGGGCUCGAGGCCCAGAGACUGUCAAAGUCCAGCUCCGGAGUACUUUGGGGGAUUACUCUGGACAGUCCGUCAUCAAAGGUAAAGAAAACAUUUUGGUGAAACAAGCUCACAGCCUGGAUUCUGAUCAGAUGCUCAAGAAUCCUCCCAUGACGCGCUCGCUUUCCAGACCUUCAGAGAAGAGCCCGUCCACAGUUGGCUGGGCAGUCUCUGGGGAACUGGACGCACUCCUGCAAGAACUUGAGGAGGUCAAGAGAAGACAGCAUGCUGCGGAUGAAGAUGCAGCGCAACUUCAAUCCGCCCUGAACCGUAAAAGCCGAGAGUGCCAGGAGCUGGUCCAGAGCCGAGACACCAUCCAGAAACAGGCCGAUCAGCAGAUCCAAGAGCUGGAGGACGCCCUAGGCGACGUCCAGAAGAGGAUGCUGGACUCUGAGUGUAAGGUCAAACAGCUGCAGGCCCAUGUAGUUGCUGUUAAGGAACACCUAGGAGGCCAGGGGGCUGAAGAGCUGCGCGCCCAGCUCCAGGACAUCAAGGCCAAGUAUGAAGGCGCUUCAGCCGAAGUGGGUCGCAUUCGUAAUCGCCUCAAACAGAGCGAGAAGGCCUUGGAGGAGUACAAGAGCAGCGAGAACGAGCUGGCAACAGAGGCAGAAAGGCUGAACCAAGAUCUGCAGGCGCUGACUGCAGAGAGAGAUGAACUAGCAGAAGCCUUUUUAGAAAUGGAAACCAAUUUGAAGGAGACCCAGGCUAAACACGGCAACACAGUACCAGCUGAGAAGUUUGACAACAUGAAGAACCUGCUGAGCAACGCAGUCGACGAGAAGGAACGGCAGAUUGCCGAGCUGAGGGAGGACUACGAUCGUGUGCUGGAGGAGGUGGCAGAGCUCCACCGAAAGCUGGACAGUCCCUCAUCCCAGGGAGGAGUAGGGGCUGCUGAGGAGCAGCAGAGGAUACUGGCGGCUCUCCAAGAGCAGAAUGCUUCACUGAAAAGGAAACUGGUGGACGUGACCACCAGGAGCCAGGCUCUCAUUCAGGAGGUGGAGGAGAGCGAGGAGGAGAGAGAUAUUCUACGAGAGCAGAUGGACGAGCUCAACAGCAGGAUGGAGAGCGACUUCAUACCCAUGAAGAUGCACGAUGAAGCCCGGGGGAACAUGGUGACCGCUUUGGAAGAGUUGGAGGACAAACUGGUAGAAGCCAGCGAACGUUACGGAAAAGCAGAGGCGCAAGUCCAGCAGCUUCAGAGCGAGAGGAUAGCGCUGCAGAAGAACAUGAGCCAUCUGCAGAGCGCCAGCGAGAGACACCAAGGUGAGAUGGACGCCCUGAGGUCUCAAAACGCCGACCUGAUGAAGAAACUUGAAGCUUUGCAGAGCAGGUGUGAAGACAGAGAUAAGGAGUGUGUACAGCUGAGCACGCAGAGCAAGACUCUGAAGCAGAGCUUGGAGGGAGAGUACGUUCCCAGGCAGCAGCUUGAGCAAGUGAAGAUGGAGUUGAGCUCCACCUUGGAGAGCACCAAAGCUGAGAUAUUGAAGUUGGAGACCAAGGGAAAAGAAAGUGCAGAAGAAUUAAAGAAUAUGAAAGAAGGAAACGAUAAGUUGAAAGAAAAGUUGGAUAAAGUCCUGUUGGAGAUGAAAAAAGAAUAUAUAAGUGAAAAAGAGCACAAGGCUAUCACAGACAAGCUGAAUGCUGCAGUUGUGGAGGCAGAGAAUAAAGCUAUCGAAGUGUCAGGGUUGUAUGUGUCAGCUCAGGAGGAAACCGUCAAGCUCACCCAAGAACUGGAGGCGCAGAAGAAAGAACUCGAUACCAUUCAGGAGGCCAUUCAGUCCAAGUUCAUCCCACUGACGGCAGCAGAGGAGAAGGAACACUCUCACAGUGCCAAGGUGAAGGAGUUGACAGUGAAGCUGUUGGAAAUAGAAGAGAAGUACAACAAAGAGAGGUCUGUCAGUGAGGGCAACCAACAGGAGAAAGAUAAACUAAAACUUGAGAAUGAAUGUGUCCAACAGAAACUAGACUCUGCUGUAGCUGCCAGUGAAAAGCACAAGAAUGUGGAGAACGAGUUCAACGGUAAAAUUGAGGAAUUAACUCAGAAGUUGGCCAGCUUGGAGCAGCAGCACAAGGAGGCAACGCUUCAGAAGGCUGAUCUUCAAGAGCAGAACGCCCUAAGCAAGGCUCAGAUCCAGAACCUCCAGGAGCGUCUGAAAGCAGAGUUAACUCGGAUAGCAACAUACGACACGGAGCUUAAAGCCCUCCAUGACGCCUUGCAGCAGGCACAGGCCAACUGCAAGAAAGCCAGAGAGGCUCAGCAGGAGGAGGCCCAGAGGGUGUGCGCCUUACAGAGAGAAGUUCAGGAACGCCGCGGGGAUCAAGCGUCUCUGCUGCAACAACAUGCCGAUACCCAGGACGUCCUGCAGGCUGAGGUCGCCGAGCUUCGAUUGGCUCUCCGCGAAGAGGAGGAGAACAAUGCCCAGAGGGCCGAAGACGUGUCUGCCCUGCAAUCUGAGCUCCUGCAGGCCACACAGGCUCUGGAGAAUAACCGCUACAAAGAAGACCAAAUAAACCAGCUGAAGAAGGAGAAGCAGCAGCUGGAGGAGGAGGCCGCCGCCCUGAGCAGGAAACUACAGAGCUCAGCAGAGGGGAUCGACGAGGUGCGCAGGGAGGCCAAACACGCCAGGGAGGGAGAGAGCAGGGCCCGCACGGAGAUGGAGGCUGUCCAGGAGAAGGGACGCGCCAUCGAGAGGGAAGUAAGGGAGAUGAAAGAGAGAUAUGACGAGUCGCUUGGCACCAUCUGUGAUCUGCAGAGGAGGAUUCAGACGUCAGGGCAGCAGACUGAAGCCAAAGACAGGAAGAUCACAGAGUUGCUGACAGAUGUUGAGCGAUUGAAGCAGGCGCUGAACGGUCUGUCCCAGCUGGCAAUCACAAGCAACGCGCCCAACAAGAGACAGACGCAGCACAUCGACACACUCCACGCCCAGAUCAAGAACCUGCAGCAACAGCUGGCUGAUGCUGAGAGGCAACACAGGGAGGUUGUUUCCAUUUAUAGGACGCAUCUUCUCAGUGCGGCACAGGGCCACAUGGAUGAGGAUGUCCAGGCUGCCUUACUACAGAUCAUCCGCAUGAGACAGGAGUUUGUGUGUUAAAGCUUCCUCCAACGAAACAAAACGCUGCCUUCUGACUCAAAAACAUAAUUCUCCCAUCAUCUUCCUCUGCUGAGUCCCCCUGCUGUGGCCCCUGUGGCCCCUGUGGGUGCUGUGGGUGCUGUGGGUGCUGUGGUGCUGUGUGUGUGUGUGUGUGUGUGUGUGUGUGUGUGUGUGUGUGUGUGUGUGUGUGUGUGUGUGUGUGUCACCCAGCAAAAGUUCUCCAAACAGGCAAUUUUUGUGUGUUAUGGCGGCACUUUGGUUCCCAAAUCUCCAUGUUGUGGGUGAAAGUGAAUAACUGUAGAUUUUAGAUACCACUGUAGAUACACAGGUUUUAUUUUUAACUCCAGCAGAAAAAGUUAUUUUAUUAAUUUCUGUAUAGAGCUGACUCGUAUUGAUCUUUCAUUACAAUUCUGUCAGAUCUGAUCAGAUUAUAAUACACAUCUAUGCAUUUAUAUCAAGCUUGAAACCACUAUACUCAGUGCUCUGCGACGUUAGUUCAAAUGUAGAUAACUCACUCUGAAAUGUAAAAUGGACAUGAUCUCAAAGACCACUUUUCACAUUCCCACCUGACAGUCAGCUCUCAUAAAUACAUCUGUGUUUCCUUCUUCCUGUCUGCUAACAUGUUCAGGGUAGGUUCACAGAGCUUGAACACUGAAGUAGGUGUUCCUUGCUAUAAUUGUUCUUUCUGUCCAUAAGGGAACAUAUCCUUUAAUACAAUACUAUACUUAAAAACUGCCCUUUUUAAGAAAUCCCUUUUUGUGUUUCCUUGCUGAGCUGAAGGAACAUCGCAAAGAAAGGAGUACAUUUUGCAAUAAAAUCUCGUUUUUUUUAGAACGUAGCUACUUUAUUGGGUUUUGUCUCCUCUGUCCUACAUUCAAACAGCAUUAUCAGGUGACCCCUUUAUACCUGUUGUAGACAGAAAGAAACAUAAGGACAUCCAAUAACUCUGGUAAUGCUCCUUAGUAUUGUUUAAAGACAGACUUGAAACCAAGUGAACCUAUCCUUUAAAGGCACAAUGAGUAAUUUUGUUAGUUGCCGAUGGUAAACACAACUAAAUGAACAUCAGCAGGUGAAAGUCAACUCCAGAUUCAACUUCAUUUUGAAACAAGCUUUGUCUGCUUGGCAUCUCCGCUUGCUAUAUAUAUAUAUAUAUAUAUAUAUAUUUUUUUUUUAAGCUUUCUCUUUAGCCAGUGCUUACGAUCUUGCCCUUUGUCAAUUAGUUCUUUAUAAAGAUUGAUAUACAGGUUUAAAACCGACAGAGCUGCAGUUAAUGAAAUGCCACACUUCUGGUGGUUCAAAAAUAUUGAAAGAGUAUACUUUUCUAUACAUAGUUUUUUCUCAAACCCCCUCAUUGUGCCUUUAACCUUGUUCAUGUCAGCUUCUUUUUGCUCCCUUUGCCUCUUGCUUUGCUUAUAUUGUUGGUGGUUAUCAUCUCCACCAGGUCCAAACUAGCAGACAAGUUUUCAGAAAAAUAAUCUAAAGACCUUAAUCUAAAACUACUCGCCAUUUUGUUCAGUGGCAGAUACAGUUAUGUGACAGAUUUGGGAGUCAUGUCACGCAUACAGUCUGCUUUAUUCAGUCUGGACAUGCUUUGUGCUGGAUUUGACUCAGAGAGGAGAUCUCUUGCUGUGUCCUACAGUUUGCAGUGGCACGUCGUCCUUUUGUUGAAACCAGAGUGUCCUCUAGUGGAGAGACUUGGCAGGCCAAGUUGAUAGAAAUUGUAAUAGUCUGUGUGGCCCAGGGGUAGGCAGCUGUUGUUGUUGGAUGCUGUGAUAUCUGCAACACAUUGGGAGAUGUCAGAAUAGAAUUUGAAGUGUGAAUUGGUACACUACAUUUUCAGAGUUAAAAUGACUAAAAGCUGUUGAUUUGCGUUAUUGGCUGUACACAAAACUACUUUCCAAAGACAGCAAAUGUCCCAGCUUGAUAUGAACGGUGAUUUCUGAAGCGGUGAACGCUUCUAGAGCAAGUCCUGCGUACCCCUGAGCAGCCCUGUGAGACUCUUGAUGGUGUCGUGUAGUGGUGUUGUGAUUGUUGAGCGAGUCUCUUAUGCCUUUACACUGAUAUAUUUUUCAUAGCUUUGUACUACUCUAAUGACUGUACUACAGUGUGACAAUUCUGAUAUUCAGCAGGUCUGGAAGUAGAACGGCACAAAAGGCGUUACUGUCGGACGCCAUGUGACGAGAACAGUUCCCUUUAUUUAUGUGGAUAGACAAACACCUUAACGGUUAGUUUUUGUAAGCACUCCUGUCUUUACCUCUCAGUUCAAACACUACCAAGUAAUAAUUCUUGCUCUCAUUUUUGUAUUUUGGCCAAAAUCUCUGUUUAAACCAACAGAUAGUUUAGAAAAUACCUCUUGCAUUUUUUCAUGCAGUGUUAGGAUUAACACUUAAGGUUUAACAUAGUCUAUUUUAAUUCAAUGAAGUUACAUUUCUGAAUAAAUACUCUGUACUCAAAACUGUUUAGAUUGGUUGACAAUAAUUCUUGUUUGUGAAUCAGUAAUACAAAAUCAAUAAAAGUGCCUAACAUAGAAAACUA